AUGAAGCUCACAAUCAGCACCAUCACUGCAAUUAUUACCUUCUUGGCAACUGCCUCCGUUGUUGCUAAAUCUGGAGGUGGCUUCAAGGAAGACUGCAAAGACAUCCAACUCGAGAAAGUGGAUUAUACAAAGUGUGACGAUGAUGGCGUAGAAUGUCCAAUCUUGAGCUACUUUAAAGUUUGGGCCAACUGCACCGCCUUGGACGACAAGCUGUACAAUAACGAGCUAAAUCUCAACUUGUGUCUCGUCAACGACCAUGGAAAAAUGCAAUGGAGAAGACGGUUAGAAUUCACGCAGUAUCCCCUUAAUCUUUCCGCUAACACCUUUGUUUCACCAUCCAGGGGCAAAUUUGAUAACUCAUGUGAAGAAUGUUCACUUGUUAAAGCCAACAAGAGAAAGGUCGAGAUGACGUGCUAUUGCCACGAUGGAGUCAAUGAGAAAUUGCGGAUGGACACCAUUGACCUUAACCAAAACAUCGAAUUGAAAGGAAACACGAUUUGGUGCGGUGACGAAAUAGGCAUCGCACAUGCCUAA